AUGGCUGUGAAUAAGCGCGAAUCUCGGCUUCGUCGCUGGGCGAGGAAACUCGGCGGCUGUAUGCGAAACCACCAUCCGCACCGCAAAUACAAAUCUGCUAGUUAUGUAGAUAUGGAGAAAACGCUUCCAUCACCUGUACACCAUAUUGACUUCCAGCACGCGCUCAUCGGUCGAAGAGAACAACCUCCGAAGAACGAAAUCAAUAGGGGCUCCAGGACAUGGGAUGCACACCCUAAACGGGCUUUGCCUUCGCCAGGAAGACUCAGAGUAGAUACGCUGCGAGACCAUCCGGUUGACGAGACGAUUCGAAUAGUAAACCCGAGCGUAAGCUCGCUUGUGGCAGGACGAUAUGAUACUCAGACACCAAGGUUUGCCGGAAAGGUGUCCAAGCAAGCUCUCAGCGAGCCACAGACCCAUGUGGCAAAUGAGCGGUUCCAGCUCCAGGGUCCCCCCACGGUCCUGACAUGGCGAGAGUCAUUUGAGAUACAGCGGGUUUUGAGACGAGAAUUGCCUCAACCUCCCUCUGACAGAUAUGACUCUGCAGUAGACGUGACCAUUCGACCCUUAAACGCUCGCAAACAUCAAGCCCAGAAGCCAUACUGUCCUUCUGGGCUGGGAAAAUCGGCCGCAGUGCCUGUCCAGCCCAAACCGACAAACGAUGUCCGGACUUACUAUCGACCGUCAGGCCAUUCUAUAGCCACCAUAGCUAUAAAAGAGAAGGAGGCGAUUCGAGAUUGGAAGCACAACUGGGACAAGCCUCUUCAGCACCGCGCUGGAGGCUCGAAGGCCAUCUGGAAGACAGCCUCAGAGCGGCUUCUGCUGCGAAACAAAGACAGCAUACAACGUUUGGAUGCCGAAAGAGCGAUAAUGGAGCAGAUGGCUGCGAGGAUUGAACUGGAGAAGAGGCAACAACCCCAGAUGAGAAGCAUUCAGAGCAUUGAAGAAAUGGCCGAAGAAGAUAAGAGAGCGAACGAGGAAUGGAAUGGUAUUGCAACCCAACUUGCCUCUGAUGCGCAGAGCCCUGGUGUCCAGGAAGUCAAGUCCAUCUCAUUCCGCCACCAACGACGUCCAAUUGCAAAUGGUCGGCGAUAG